UUUGACUUCGAUUGUGGAUUUACAACAAGAAGUGACCAGCAGAUUGUUGCUGCAACUGAAAGGACUAAAAUCUUUUUGACGGUUUGCUGAUGAUUGAGACAUGACUUUGCAGAGGAUUCCAAAAGUUGCAUUGGUCGUGUGAUAUCUCCCAACAAGUGCAAACAUUGUCCUGAAUAACAUACAUCUGUGCCAUCAAAAUGCAGAAGCAAGUGGAGGUCAGGAUGAGCGAGAGCCACAUAGACCCAAUCGUGGAGACUCCCGAGAAUCCAUGCAGCAAUAUCUGUGAAAAGAUAAUGAAGAACAUGGUUCUCACUCUCACAAUCCUGGGUGUGUUUCUUGGUUCCAUUGCUGGAAUGCUUCUACGGCACAUAUCACCCCUCCCUCCUGACGUUAUAAUGAUCAUUGCCUUCCCUGGGGAGAUCUUAAUGAGGAUGCUAAAAAUGCUUAUUUUGCCUCUUGUUGUUUCCAGUUUGGUCACAGGACUUGCGGGCUUGGAUGCCAAAUCCAGUGGUCGUUUAGGCACCAGAGCGAUGGUGUACUACAUGUCAACAACAGUAAUUGCAGCCGUCCUCGGAGUAAUCUUGGUGUUGGUCAUCCAUCCAGGGAAUCCCAAACUGAGAGCUAAUCUAGGACAUGGAAAAAAGAACGAUGAAGUAUCCAGCGUUGAUGCUUUCUUCGAUCUCGUUCGAAAUCUUUUCCCAGAGAAUCUGGUCCAGGCCUGUUUCCAGCAGAUCCAGACAGUAACCACCAAAGUACCAGUGCCAACCAACAGGACGAGAGCACCUCCACAGUUCACAGUUAAGAGGUCACUUCAGUUCAAGAGUGGGAUGAAUGUCCUAGGGCUGAUUGGAUUCUUUGUGGCUUUUGGAGUUAUAAUGGGGAAAAUGGGAGAGAAGGCCAAGCUGAUGUUGGAGUUUUUCAACAUUCUGAAUGAAAUUGUUAUGAAGCUUGUGAAUGCAAUUAUGUGGUAUUCUCCGAUUGGUAUCGCCUGUCUUAUCUGUGGAAAAAUAAUCUCCAUUGCUGACUUGGAGAUGGUUGCAAGGCAGCUUGGGAUGUACAUGGUGACUGUGAUAGUGGGCCUAAUCAUCCAUGGAGGCAUUUUCCUUCCGCUAAUAUAUUUUGUGAUAGUAAAACAGAAUCCCUUCACCUUCUUUAUGGGAAUAUUUCAAGCCUGGGUCACAGCACUCGGAACGGCAUCUAGUGCUGGUACCUUGCCUGUCACAUUCCGAUGCUUAGAGGAAAACCUGGGCAUUGACAAGAGGGUCACACGCUUUGUCCUCCCUGUGGGGGCCACCAUCAACAUGGACGGUACGGCGCUCUACGAGGCAGUGGCGGCCAUCUUUAUCGCUCAAAUGAAUGGGAUUGAGCUGGACUGGGGCCAGAUAGUCACUGUGAGCAUGACAGCCACCUUGGCCAGUGUUGGAGCUGCCAGUAUUCCCAGUGCAGGACUUGUGACCAUGCUUCUGAUUCUCACAGCAGUGGGGCUCCCCACUCAGGACAUAAGCCUCCUGGUCGCUGUUGAUUGGCUGCUAGAUCGUUUCCGCACCUCCGUUAAUGUGGUCGGGGACUCCUACGGUGCCGGGAUUGUUUACCACCUUUCCAAAGACGAACUAGACAUGUAUGAUGCCCAGCAGAGUCGGAUGGAUGACUUUGAGAUGGCAAAGACACAGUCUUUUUUUGAAAACAACACCAACCAGAAUAUGUAUGCUCACCACAACUCAAUUCUGAUAGACGACUGCAAGGUCAAAAACGGCAAAAAUGGCAACACUCCAGAGUUCUCUAUUGUUGAGGAGGAUCCAUGGAAUUUCAAGUAAUGCAGAUUCAGCACUUUAGCCUGAAUUUGACCAGCUGUAACUUUCUGCGGACACUAACUUAAUAAAAAUAAACAAAUAAAAAAAAGCAUAUAUAUUUUGUGAAAGGACACAGAGAGUGCAAUGAGAUGACACAGAAUGGAAACUCUUCUGCAAGUCAACAAAGGGUUCCCUUUCUCUCCUGGGUAACCGCUGGAGGACGCUAUGCUUUUGCAUCUUAAAUUUGAUCUUACGUCUGCAAAUCUAUGCAUGCACAUAAACUGGAAUGAACUUUUCUGCUUCAAGCAAUUCUUCGGAUGAGUCAAAUAGCUGGCUGACAACACUCAGGACCUUACUCAGGGUUGCUGCAUUCUUCCUUUCUUGUCAAGACGACUGAUUUCUUUAUUGUUGUGUUUAAGCACUUGCUUCAUGGCCUAAGGGACAAAGACAUGAAAAUGGUGGAGAAAUUGCCUUGGCAGUCAAGAUUGUAACAAAGAAUCAGAAUGAAGUAAGAAAUUUGCUGGCGAAAUGCGAGCUCCGUCAUGAAAUAUUUGACAUUCACAAAUGUGUAACUUUCAUUGCUGUUUGAUUUAUCCAAAGGCUAAAAAGAACGUAGCCAAAAUGAAGCCCUGCUUCUGCUGGCAUUAACUUGAAGUACAGGACUGUAAAGCAUUGCAUUACCUCUGACUGUUUGAUUUAUGGGAUUAUACCUUCAGACACGUGGUCAAGCCUAAGAAGUGAAGCUUAAGACUUAAGACAGGGAGUGGCUUCUAAAAGUGGCAACAAACAGAACAGAAUGUGUUGCGGAGAGGAAAUCGGUUCCUGUGUUUAUUUAUUUAUCUAUUUCUACUUUAUGUGUCUGUUCUUACAUAUGAACCAAUGAGUGUCUGCUUGCCUGUGACCUCGGAAGGAUGUUUGAUUAUUUCGGUGCAUUUUGGGGCUGAAAAGAGCAAAGAUUAAAAGGAAAAGAAAGCUAGUGGUUCAACAAGAGAAAACAAACAAACAAAGAUUUUCUCUGAAAAUCUAAGCAGGACAUAGUUUUGUGUAUUUUAUUACAAACUGUUCUUUUUUCUGUGCUAUAUAACAACUUUGCCUUGAAGAUGUCACAUUCAGAGUGUGAUCACUUUGACUAAAAUAUUUCUGGACUGACGUUGCUAAGCUUUUUAUUGGACUUAAGUUCACCCGAUACAUUUGCAGAGAAAAUACAGCAUCUGAGGAUGGCUGGGCCUUCUCACAAGAUUGUAUUAGAUUUUGUAGAUUUUUCACAUCAGAUUUGCAUAUAAAUAACAAGCUUGUAAUUGGAUCUAGACUUAAUUAUCUAUGGUCACAUCUGUUUAGCAAGUGCACACUAAAUUCUGCCUCCAGCACUUUAAUACAUCCAGCACUGUAACAACAAGGUCACUGAAUGUUGUUUUCACGUUUUUGAGUAUCACAGGCUAAAAAACUUUAAUUGAUCCUAGCAAACAAAUGGAUUAUUUUUUAUAAGCAGCAGCUUAUACAUCCUUGUUUAAAGUGCCUGCUUGCACUUUGUGUAUAUAUUCACUUUUAGAGAUAUACAAAUCAAAUGUAUAGACUUGACUUUUUUUGUCACAAGUGUUUUUGCUAUUCUAAAUAUUUCUAAAAAAAAUACUAUUCUUAUUAACAGUGUUAAGCAACAAUAGAGCAAUACUAUUUCUGUACUUAUUUAUUGGCCUAAUAGACGUUUUGAUGGGCUGUGAAAGAGUAAGAUAAAGACGUACUCAAACUAUAACUUUUUUUUUAUAAAAAAGAGCAAAUUUUAUGACAAUCCCAUGAAGACUGUAUUUUUAGGUUCUGAUUCUGCUGAGGUGGCUUUGAGUGUGUGUUCAACUUAAUGUUGGCAGCUAUAUUAUGCCUACAUGAAUAAAACCAUCAAGCCCUCUGAUUUGUAUGGCUUUGUCACCUUGAAAGACUAACUGCAUAAUUUUAUUUAUAUUUUUAAAAUCAGCCAUAUGUGAAAUGCAUCAAAGUUCAUUUUUCAUUGGUUUUCUGAUUUGAAAUAUACAUUAUUAGUGAGUUGGACUCAUUUUG